GUCUGACGGCGCCCAGCUUCGAGCCGCCCCCCGGCCUGUUCAUGCCCCCGGGGUUGCCCUCGGUGCCAUGGCCAGAGCCCUGCAGGACGGAACCCCCCCGGAGGCUGUAGACGGGAUGCCCGCGGAGGGGCUCCGCUCCUUCCCCCUGGCUCGCCUGGUGCCCUCCGCCGUGUCCUGCGGGCUGUGCGAGCCCGGGCUGGCGCUGGCCCCCUGCCCCUCGGCCCCCUCCCCGCUGGGCCCGGGGCCCCCGGCGGCCCCCGGGGCCGGCCCGCCCUCCCUGCUCGCCCCCCAUCUCGGCCCGACCUUCUUCUGCGGCCAGCAGCCGGACACCCGGGCCAGCGCCCGCUGGGCACUGGCGGAAGCCGGCAGGACCCGGGCUGCCAACAACUACGGUUCUCGGCCCCAGCAGGACGGUGGGUCUCAGGGGGAGGACCAGGAGGACCCGGAGGACCCGGAGGAGGUGGCGGCGGCGGUGGCGGCGGCGGCGGCGGGGCAGGCAGAGCGGCAGCUGCUGGCCUCCCCGGGGCCCGGGAGUCCCACUGGACCAGGCCGGGAGGUCUCGCUGGCCAACGGGCACCCCCGGGUGGGCGGACGGUGGGAGCUGGAAGAGCAGCGGGACCGCGAGAUUGGGGCCCGGCUCCAGAGGAUGGGGGACAACUUCAACGAGCUCUGCCGGAGACGGAGGCGAGAGGCAUGGCAGCAGCGGGGCCCGCUGUGGGGCCCUUUCUACCACUUGAUCUCCGAGCUCCUGGCCGCGUUCCAGCCCCACCGGGGCGCCCCGCUCCCCGAGCCGGAUCCCAACUAGGACCAAGCCGAGCGGCGCCCACGCCCCCCGAGGGGUCGCCGCCGGGGGCCCGCGACUGGGACCCAGGC